AUGUGUAAUCUGUACAAAGCUGAAAAUGCAGAAUUAUUAUCAGAAAAAGAAAUUAACGAAAUGGCUGUUCAUCUCGAGGAAAAGAAAGCCUGCUAUCAAAGAUUUAACAUCCAUCAGAAAUUAACUUCCAACGAUACGCUCACUGUUAGCUUCGAUCUGCAAAAAGUGCUUAACACUCCUCACGGAGAGAGUAUGUUGUUAUAUUACUCUAGGAAAUACGCCGUUUAUAACUGUACAUUUUAUGAAAGCCAAACCAAAAUAGGACAUUGUUAUAUAUGGGGAGAAAGUGAUGGAAAAAGGGGUGGAAACGAAAUUGCUACUUGUAUUUAUAAAUUCCUCCUAAAAAUUGAUGAGCGUCCUAUUAGAAAUGUUUUAUUCUAUUGCGACUCCUGUCCUAGGCAGAACAAAAACAAAAUAGUUCUCACAGCUAUACACUACUUUUUACAGAAUUCCAACAACAUAGAAGUGGUACAAAUAAAUUAUUUAUUACCUGGGCAUACUUAUAUGCCUGUGGAUUCAAUGCAUGCAGUGAUUGAACGUGAGGUUAAACGAAUUAUUGUUUGGAGUCCAAGUCAAUGGCCGACAUACAUAGAAUCUGCAAGAAAACGUCCUGAACCAUACAAAAUUAAUGUUUUGGAGUACUCCGAUUUUAUUAAGUGGGACAGCUUGGUUUCUGAAAAAUUUACCAUUAUGUCCCAAAAGCAAAUACAGCUAAAAGCUAUGCGCAUUGUCACAUUUAAGAAAAAAAACGCUAAAAGCAUGGAAGUCAAAUAUUCAAUGAGCAAAAACGAAGAAGCUCAUGUAGUAACAUUAUAUGAUGAAUAUAAAGGAAGAAGGUCAAAAGGAAAAGGCAAAAAAACAAAAAGACCAAACCAAGAUCUUACAGGUGCCGUCGGAGUAGAAGAUCCUACUAAUAUUAGUUUACCAAGACUUUAUGACAAACCUAACCCUAUAUCAAUCACCAAAUAUAACGAUUUAAAACGUUUAUGUACUAACGGAACUAUACCAAAGCGUUUUCAUAAAGAAUAUUUAGAUCUACCAUCUUUAGCAACGGUUAAAGACAUUCUUCCUGAAACAGACGAGGAAGACGACAUCGACACAAUUAAUAGUUAA